AUGCCUAGAGCUCGGAAGCGACGACGCUACGUGUUCGAGGAAGACCUUGACUCCGAAAGUGAGGCCCAGGGCCUCUUGGGUGCACAGAUUCCCGAGGCUCAGGAGAAGGACUCCUCUUCUUCCUCCUCUUCUUCCUCUUCCUUCUGCUCCUACUCUUCUUCCUCUCCCUCUUCCUCUCCUUCCUCCUUCUCCUCUUCCUCUUCCUGUUGCCGUUGUCUGGUCUCAAGCUACAUAAAGGCACGUUCUGCUGCUACUGGGACACCAAGGCCUCCCCAGCUUCCUCAGAGAGCCUGCUUCCUUCCCAAUGUCAUGGCAGCAGCCACUCCAUCAGCCCAAUUAUGUCAGGGCUGCAGCAGCCAGGAAGAAGAGGGGCCAGACACUUUGCAGGCCCUGCCAGACACUGGCUCCUUGCUUAGAGAGGCCAUAGACGAUAGGGCGGAUGCUCUGGUGCGGUUUCUGCUCCAGAAGUACCGUGCAAAGGAGCCGACCACACAGGCGGAAAUGCUGAGCAGCGUCAUCAGAGAGCACCAGGACCACUUCACUGAGAUCCUCAGUCAAGCCUCACAGUGCCUGCAGCUGGUCUUUGGCGUUGAUGUGAAGGAAGUGGACCCCAGCGACCACUCCUAUGUCCUGGUCACCACCUUAGGCCUCACCUACAAUGGGAUGGGGAGUGAUGAGCACAGCAUGCCCAAGACCGGCCUCUUGAUAAAUAUUCUAGGUUUGAUCUUCAUGCAUGGCAACCGUGCCCCUGAGGAGGCAGUGUGGGGAGCGCUGAAUGACAUGGGGCUGCAUGAUAGGGUGGAGCAUUCCAUCUAUGGGGAGUCCAUGUUGCUCAUCACCAAGGUGUGGGUGCAGGAACAGUACCUUCAGUACCGGCGGGUACCCAACAGCUAUCCUGUACGCUACGAAUUCCUGUGGGGUCUCAGGGCCCACGCUGAAACCAGCAAGAUGAAAAUCCUGGAGUUUUUGGCGAAGGUCACUAAUGCCAUCCCCAAGGACUUUCCUACCUUGUAUGAGGAGGCUCUGAGAGAUGAGGAAGAGAGAUCGCAAGCCAGAGUUGUCGUCAGGGUCAAUGAGGUGGCCAGGUCCUAUUCUACAGCCACCUUUGGCACCUUCUCUUGUCUUGAGUCUGAAAAGAGCAAUCCCUGUUCUAAGCGGAGAGGCAGAAUGCGGAGUGGCAGGUACUGA